AUGAUAGCCAUGGAAAUCGACAGAUUCCGCUCCCGCCCAGAAUACAAAUGGCUCGAAGAAACCCUCAUCGGAGCCAAACUCUACUUCCGAACCUACCAAUCUCGGGUUCCCUUCGUAGAGAUUGAAGUCCCGAGACUGGUCAGAGAGGCGAUUGAGGAGUUGAGAAAGGUCCAUGAGACGGAGAGUUGGGACUGGGUUGUUCAUAUGGGGAUUUAUGAGGCGGCUUUGAAGUAUUGUAAGUCAAGAUGUAUAAAGGUGAGGAUAUGGAGAUGAAGGGGGAAAUAACUAGAGUGAAAGGGUGAAAGGGUGAAAAAGGAAAGGAAGAAAGGAUGGAUAGUGACUAAUUGAAAGAAUAGUAAAUAGGAAGACAAUCGAGUACCCCUUCACAGCACCUCCCCAAUACGGAAAACCCGAAAUGUAUAAAGGCUUCACAAACAUCGCUCCCGCACCAGCAUCUCUCGAUCCUCUUCUUCCACCUAACGCCAGCCAAUCGGACGGUAUCUCCUCUCCGCCUUUCCCCUUCCCCUUCCCUUCUCCUGAAUUAACGAACCCCAGACAACCUCCAAGUCGAAAACAAAACCCUCCUCUCAAUCAUCCAACAAAAAGACCAAGAACUCCGCAUCAAAGACGAAGAUCUCGCUCUCAAAGACCAGGAGUUGGCGGCGAAGAAUAGGGAGAUUGCGGUUAAGAAUGCGCAGUUACUGGCUAGGGAGCAGGAGUUGCGACAGAAGGAUGGGUUUGUAGCGAGUUUGAUGGAGAGUUUGAAUGCGGCGCAGGGGAUUAUUCAUGGGAGGAUGUAAGUUGGUUCCUGUUUUUUUGAAAGGGGGUUAAGGGAAGGGGGAGGGUAAUGAUGGUUGUGUGGAUGUGGAGCUAAUGUGGGUUAUAGGCAGCUUGAUGGGGAGAGAUUGUGGCAGGGCUGA